AUGUUUCGGAAGCUCCAGCCGAGAUCAUCCGAAACUACUAGUAUAUACUACAACAUACAGGAAAGGCGAUACCUCUGCCCUAUAUUUCCGUCUAUUUAUCACUUGCUUAUGGGCGACACAUCUUCAACGACGGAGCAGCCAAAUCUCCGCACGGACUAUAGAAAUCCCAAUGCUGGCAUGCCGCGUCGUUUUGCUAGCCUUUGGGCUCAGUCCGAAAUAUUGGGUUGGAUUGGUGGCGGCUGGGGUCUGGUAGCCGGAGCGUUGCCUAGGACAUUCGAGGCCAUUAUCAAGACGCCACCCUCUGCGAUAUCUACUCUCCGCUUGAUCACACUUGGCUCAAUUUCAACAGGAGCCGCAAUUGGCGUCCCCGCCAGCCUUAUCCCAACCAAUUUACUGAUCUUCGACAUCUUAAGGGUUACCGAACUCUUGCAACAUUUCGACAGCAUCAACACAGGCAGAACACAAUAUUCGGUGUAUAACGCUGAGACGAUUGUCGCCGCGCUGUUGGCUGGACUAAGUGGUAUGUCGGUGCAGAAGAAAAUCGACCUAGAGCUCGUGCGGCGCGGUUUGCCGACGGGUGGAUUAGUAAAGGCUGUUGGCUUAAUCUUGGGUGUUGGUGGAUUAACGCUAGGAAGCGCUUGGAGGGAAAUGAAUGCGCAGCCGCAAGGUUCACCGAACUGA